UAAGAUUAGCACCAACCUAGCUACCACGUACGUACACCGUACCCAACUGCAUUGAUCAGAUUAAUUACUAAUUAGGCACUGCGAGAGCAAUACACCGCGUCCAUCUAACAAUGAUGAAGACGGCCCUUCCAUUCUUUCGCCUUAUCUUGGCCCUCUUUUUCCUCGCUAGUGCUCAAUCCGCUAGAAUAACUUUCACAAACAACUGUCCGAGAACUAUCUGGCCAGGAACCCUAACCUCCGAUCAAAAACCUCAACUAUCGACUACUGGGUUUGAAUUAGCAUCCAAAGCAUCCAGAUCACUAGAUGUCCAAGCUCCAUGGAAAGGCCGGUUUUGGGCUCGAACUCGUUGCUCCACGGAUGCUUCAGGAAAGUUCUCUUGCGAAACUGCAGAUUGCGCCUCCGGUCAGGUUGCAUGCAACGGUAACGGUGCCAUCCCGCCAGCAUCUUUGGUAGAAAUCAACAUAGCAGAGAAUGGAGGGCAAGAUUAUUACGAUGUCAGCCUUGUAGACGGCUUCAACCUGCCUGUUUCAGUGGCCACACAAGGUGGAACGGGUGAAUGUAAGACCUCGAGUUGCUCGUCCAACGUGAACGCAGUUUGCCCAACAGAGCUGCAAGUGAAAGGGUCUGAUGGCAGCGUGCUUGCUUGCAAGAGUGCAUGCACAGCAUUCAAUCAGCCACAAUACUGUUGCACUGGAGAUUUCAGUACUCCAGAUAAAUGUCCACCCACUAACUAUUCCAUGAUAUUUGAGAACCAGUGCCCUCAAGCUUAUAGCUAUGCUUAUGAUGAUCAGAACAGCACCUUUACUUGCUCCGGUGGACCUAACUAUGUUAUCACUUUCUGCCCUUAAACUUGCUAAGAGGAAUUAUGUGUUCCCCUUGCCUCUUUAUAAUAUGACAAUAAUCGAGUACUUAGUACACAUGCAUGUGUGUGUCAGUGUAAUAAGUCUUGAACUACUUAUAGCAAAUUAAAAAAUUAUGCACAAAUUUUCUUGUGCUUUAUAAAGAGCAGUGUAGACGUUGUGCA